UUUGUAGCCCAUGCUGACUGUGAACUCAGUCCUGCUAACCACAGCCUCCCUAGUGUUUACAGGCCUGAGCUGCCAUGCCAGCUGGCCCUGUUCCCUUUGAAAUUGAAUCCAAGUCGUCCAUGUUUUUUUAUGACCCAGCUAGUUUCCUUCUCUGUGUGACCCUGGACACUUUGCAUUUUUGCAAAGAGCUGCUGAGCUGCAGAUGAUAGGUGGAAAUGACAAUUCGUGUCAUCUGUGAGGACAAACAAAUCCGAACGAGUCAGAGAAGAUUCACUAAGCUAUGCUGUCUGGCAAGCUAAAUAAGCCAGAAACAAGAGACGGGUAUAGUGAAGCAAUUAGGUAGUAAGGGGAGUUCUCAGAAAGAUUUAAGAUUAGCAGAGAUUCCAUAUAUCAAGAGAAAUCAUAAAGAUUAGUACUGCUAAACUGCUGACAUGUUGGAAUUCUCUGAGGGGAUGUUCCUAGUUCUGCUUGUCAUUGAGUUCAUCCUUGGAAAUCUAGGGAAUGGGUUUCUUGGAUUGGUCAAUGGCAGCAGCUGGUUAAAGAGCAAGAAAAUCUCCUUGCCUGACUUCAUCAUCACCAGCCUGGCCCUCUCCAGGAUCAUUCUGUUGUGGAUUAUUUUUGUUGAUGGUCUUUUAGUAGUAUUCUCUUAUGAAACUCAUCAUUCAGGCACAGCCAUGAUCAUGAUUGAUAUUACUUGGACAUUUGCAAACCAACUGAGCAUUUGGCUUGCUACUUGUCUUGGGGUUCUCUACUGCCUGAAAAUCGCCAGCUUCUCCCACCCCACGUUCCUCUGGCUCAAAUGGAGAGUUUCCAGAGUGGUUGUGUUGAUUUUGUUGGGUGCACUGCUCCUAUCCUGUGCAAGUACCGUGUCUCGCAUCAAUGAAUUUAACAUCUAUUCUGCCCUCAAUGGAAUUGGUAUGGCAGGGAAUGAGACUGAACACGUCAGAAAGAAGCAAAGUGAAUACGAUCUGUUUCAUGCUCUUGGGAAUCUGUGGAGCCUCCCUCCCUUCGUUGUUUCUCUGAUCUCUUUCUUUCUCCUCUUUCUCUCUCUGGGAAGGCACAUGUGGCAGAUGCAGCAAAAUGGUAUCAGCUCCAGAGACCAAAGCACGGAGGCCCACAAGAGAGCCAUCAUGAUCAUCUUCUCCUUCCUCUUCCUCUUCCUACUUUACUUAGUUUCCUUUAUAAUUUUUUUGUUGAGUCGUUUCCUAUCAGAUAAGAAGCUGGCUGUCAUGAUUGGUGAAGUUAUUACUAUGUUGUAUCCUGUUCUCCACUCAUUUAUUCUCAUUUUGGGGAACCCCAAGCUGAAGCAGACUAUUGUGACAGUGCUCCCAUGUGAGUUUGGUUGUCUAAAGCCGGGAUCUAAAGAACCUGUUUCCCCAUAG